ACCAACAUCCAUCCUCUCAUUCCUUCCCUCUUCCUCUCGUCCACACUGCUCUUACCACAUGCUCCCUAUUGUCAGGCCGUAGCUUAGCACACCCUCCGCUGCGCCAGGUAUAGCAAGACAGCGCGCGGAUCUGCGAUAGGAAGAAAACAGAGGGUCGCAUCUCAAAUUCCUGCGGGAAGUUUGGCGUCUGGAGUUGCUAGUCACGGGGCGGCUGUCUCUCUACCAGUCCUCCCUUAGGGCCGCCAGCGGACUCGUAAUAUUUAACCUCCUGGUGGAUAACUGGUCCUAUUUAACAGUCACAGAAGUAAUAGGGACUGCCGAGACUACCCAGGAGGCACCUCUGAUCCCGGCCUGGCGCAGCAGAGGCCAGGGCGGGGAAGCAGGGAAGAAGAACGUGAGGUGGAGCUUUGAAGGCGAAAAUACAGAGGUUGCAACGUUCAUCAGCGUGUUUCUAGCUGCCGCCACCACGCCGCCGCCUCCGCCACGCCCUCGGGCGUGAUGAGGCAUAUCUGACAUCAGCAGAGUGAGGAGGAGAAGAGGUAGUGACAGCACCCAUGGCUCAGCACUCAACCUUACACUGAUGCCUCACCUCACCUCAGCUCAUGAGUGAAGUCGACCGCAGCCUGCAACAACUCCUGGCUUCUUACGACCCCGCCGCGGCCAGACCCAAGCAGCCUCACCCCCAGGGUUGGCUUUAAGAGCCAUAUAACGAGGUUCAGUAGAAACCAGAAUUUUGUAUAUUAAAUAGAGAUAGAGGAAUGGUAAUGCCAGGCCAGAGUGGGAGGUCCUUUGACAUUAUCCGGCAGAUUGUCGGAAAUGUUGUCAAUAUCUUCAAUAAGCGGGCGUCGCCCUGCACCGCACCAUGUGAUGGCAUGGUGCUUAAGAUGCACUACCAGUGGACCUUUUGGGUCUUGCUUGGCGGCUUCUCUGCCAUCUGGUAUUCCUGGUACCACCGGGACGUGAUUACCUGUGCAUCUCACUUUAACGCUGAGACGCAGGUCAGGCUAGACUACAUCAACAUCUGUCUGUCUUACCCAUUUGUGGAGGGUGCGGGAGAGGACCUGGGGGAUGGGGAGGGCGGCCCGCGGCGCUACCUCCUGUUCUACCGCUGGAUCCACUGGGCCCUGCUGCUGCUGGCGGGCUUCUAUUACAUCCCACGCAAGAUCUCUAAGACCUCCGAGAAUUCCAAGGUGAAGAAGCUCAUAGAAGACCUGGCAGUGAAUGCUCACCGCUACGACGGGCUGGAGCGAGAGCUGGUGGAUCGCACCGCCAAGUACAUUGCCUACAACCUCAAGACCCACAAUGGCCUUUACUACAAAUAUGUCACCUGCAACCUGGUGGCCCUACUAGUGGACAUCUUCAGCUUCCAGUUCUUGGACUUUUUGUUCCAAGGGAGGUUUUUGCGGUACGGUUUCCAGGCGUACCCCUUCAACCGCGACCCCCAGCAGUUCACUGACUACAUGUCGGACAUGUUCCCUCCAUUUGCCAACUGUGAGCUCCACAACGAGGUGCAGCUGACCAACAAACGGAUCGAGCGUCUCGGCUGCCACCUCACUGUGAUGGAGCUGUACGAGAAGGUGUUCCUGGUGUUGUGGCUAUGGCUCAUCAUCAUGACCACCAUGACUGUUGGCUACCUGUUCUUCCUGGCUCUGAUGUGGGUGCCAUGGGCACGGCUCAUAAUGCUGAGGAUUGCCAAGCCUCUCAAUGCCAAGGACACAAUCCGCAACACCAUCUGCAACAUCGUCAGCACCUGCAAGAUUGGAGACGUGUAUCUCUUGUACCGCCUGAAGCAGCACUUCAGCCACGCUCGCUACUACGAGCUGCUGACGCGCCUCUCAGACCAAGACUUCCUGCGCACAAUGAUGGACAGUGUGGCCAUCGACCACCACGGCCACAAGGGCGGCCAAGACCUGCGUCAACGCAAGAACAACCCUAAACCCCAAGGAACUGAAACAUGGCUGUCAUAGGCCAUGGCGGCACCGACAUUAUCCGCCAAUUGGUGGGUAAUGUCGUGAAUAUCUUCAAGAAGAAACGUGCGCCUUGCACCUCCCCCUGCGAUGGACUUGUCCUCAAGAUGCAUUAUCAGUGGACCUUCUGGCUAUUGCUUGCUGGGUUCUCUGCUGUCUGGUAUUCCUGGUACCACCGCGACGUGAUCACUUGUGUGUCACACUUCAACGCUGAGACCCAGGUUCGCCUGGACUACAUCAACAUCUGCCUCUCCUACCCCUACGUGGAGGAAAGCAGCACAGACCGCAGAUUCCUUCUUUUCUACAGAUGGAUCCACUGGACUCUCCUGGUGCUAGCUGGCAUUUACUACAUCCCCCGAAAAAUCUCCAAAAACUCAGAAAACCCAAAGGUGAAGAAACUCAUUGAGGACCUUGCUGUGAAUUCUCACCGGUAUGACCAGAUAGAGAAGGAGCUGGUGGACCGGGCCGCUCGCUUUAUUGCCAACAACCUCAAGACCCACAAUGGCCUUUACUACAAGUUUGUCAUUUGUAAUGUAGUAGCUCUUAUUGUUGAUAUUAUUAGUUUCCAGUUCCUGGACUUUGUGUUCCAGGGACGUUUCCUCCACUAUGGGUGGAUGGCCUACCCUUACACCCGAGAUCCAGUCAAUUUCUCUGAUUACAUGUCCAGAACAUUCCCACCCUUUGCCAAGUGUGAGCUGGGCGUUGUGAACAAAUUGGUUGGCCAGAGAACUGAGAAAUUUGGUUGUCAUUUAACGGUGAUGGAGCUGUACGAGAAAGUGUUCCUGGGUGUGUGGGUGUGGCUCAUACUGCUGACCACCAUCACUUGUGCUUACUUGAUCUUCCUUGGCUUCAUGUGGCUGCCAUACUUCCGACUCAUGAUGCUGAAGGUUGCCAAGCCCCUCAAUGCCAAAGACACAGUGAGUAACACCAUAGUCUCCGUGGUCAACUGCUGCAAGAUUGGAGACGUCUAUCUUCUCUAUCGCCUCAAGCAGCACCUGAGCCACGCGCGCUUCUACGAACUCUUGACACGUCUCUCUGACCCGGAGCUCAUCAAGACCAUGCUGGAGGACCCGGCAGACAGGGCCGUCCAUGCUAGAAACCAGGACAACUUGCGCAACAGGAAGCCAAACAUAAACAUGGGGCCAAAGGGGAAGUUCAGCAACCCCGACAUCUUCAUCCCGCAGGACUACGGUCGACCCAACACAAGCAUCCUGGUGGAGUAAUGCUUGCGUGUAGGCUGAGAAGUACUUACUGGCGCCAGGGGAGGGAGCUUAGCCUGUCGCGCUUCAGUGUUGUAUUUUUUUAUUUAUUCAUUUUAUGAAGUAGAUGUUUAAGCUCAAAAGUCCAUAGGGGUGGAGAUUGAUGCUUCUGCCUCUCCUUGUAGCAUAACUUUCAUUAGUGAUACACAAACUAUUGACUGUGGUAUUUUUACAACUGUUUUUGCCUUUUGUCUUGUGGCUGUUGACUGAGGGAGAAAAGGCUCAUGGAUGAAUUGUGUAAUGACCGUCCACACAUGUUGUCUCCUGUUCAUAUUUUAAUGUAAAAAAGUUAGUAUUUAUAAGCGUUUUGGUAGGGUGUCUCAAUGCCAUGGCAUUGUGUGGUUUGUGACGUAAGUGUUCAUGUUGCAUUCAGUUCAGGUGUGAUACCUUGUGGCCUCGUGUUGUGCUGGGACGUUAUGUAACAUUUCUGCAUUGUUUUGUGCAGGAGUAACAUUUCCUGCUCAGCACGAUGCUUCUGUUACGUCAGGUCUACAGCGCGAUGCCUUUGGUGUUGCUUGAUAACGUUAGUGUCUGGUGUUGCAUUCAUAUUGCUGUGUAACACCACAGUUCUGCUGUGCUACUCUGAGCAUAAUGCCGUGGUGUUGUAUUGACUUAGCUACACGCAUGGUGGAUGGGCUUGAAAGAGAAUGUGAUCUGUGAAUUUUAAUGUUGAUGUGUGACUGUGUUCUUUUUAGCAGGUUGCCCAAGCCAGGCAGUGAAAGAAGCAUUUAACAGGUUUCUGCUUUUGAUCAAUUUUAAGUAUUUGGCCUUUUAUGAAAUUUUACUGCUUGACAUUUUUUUAUCUAUUUAAAUUUUUCUUAUGACUUAAGAUACACUGUUAUUGCAAGUAAUAUUUUGACAUUUUUUAUGACAUGCCAGUGUAUGAAUGACUUGCUAUCAAUGCCAUAAUGGAUGACAAUCAUGCUGUCAUUUUUUGUACUAUUGAAAAUAAACUUUUACAUAUA